GAGGGCAAAGUGUUUGAGGCGGACUUGACUCCAUUUGUAAUGAAGGAUCUGAUGAGCUGGGUUCAGAUCAGGGCUGCCGCUGAGUCCGCGAGGACAAUGCAGGAUAGGAGCGAUAUUAUGAAAAAGAGAUUACAUCCGUUUUGAGCGGAUCUCGGGCUCUGCAGCUGGCGGUGACUGGGGGGCAGCGGAGCGGACAAGCCGCGGUCUGCGCGCUGGAGACGGACAACGGAGUCAGAAACAACCCGAUGAUAUUUCGGAGCUGCACCGAGAACAUUUUGGAUUUUUGAGAACCGACACCUCAGACAUUUGGACAGUUGAUUUUUUUAAAUAUAAUCUGUUGGAAAUCCAAGCAAGAAAAAAGAAAAGAAAACACGAGCAGGCUGCAGAGCGCGCAGGAGCAGGAUGAGCGUGUCUUGUGCAGGGAGAGCAGAGUAGUGCAUUUGAGUGGGACAUGGCAAACGGAGGGGACCAGUUCGGCCUUGCAGAGCGUCCGGACUCUGACUGCAUAGAUUCCCCAAAAGAGACCAAACAGGAACAUGGCAGCUACACUUUAAGCUCCCCCGUUUCCCCGCAGACAGCGUCCAGCCAGCAGGUAUCGGCCUGUGCUGUGGAUCACAAUGGGAUGGAGGGAAUCAAAGUUUUCCUCCACGACAGGGAACUUUGGACAAAGUUUGAUGAAGUGGGAACAGAAAUGAUCAUCACCAAGGCUGGGAGGAGGAUGUUCCCCAGUUACAAGGUGAAGGUUACAGGACUCAACCCAAAAACCAAGUAUAUACUCCUGAUGGACAUUGUGCCCGGGGACGACCACCGCUACAAAUUUGCAGACAACAAAUGGUCGGUAACGGGGAAGGCUGAGCCCGCGAUGCCCGGGAGGCUCUACGUCCAUCCGGACUCUCCCGCCACCGGGGCUCACUGGAGCCGCCAGCUCAUCUCCUUUCAGAAGCUCAAACUCACCAACAACCACCUGGACCCCUUUGGACAUAUAAUACUCAACUCCAUGCACAAAUACCAGCCUCGCCUCCACAUUGUCAAGGCAGACGAGAACAACGGCUUUGGCUCAAAAAACACGGCUUUCUGCACCCACGUCUUCCCUGAGACGGCAUUCAUCGCUGUGACGUCCUACCAGAACCACAAGAUUACACAGCUGAAGAUAGAGAAUAAUCCUUUCGCUAAGGGCUUCAGGGGCAGCGACGACAAUGAGCUGCACCGCAUGGCCAAGCUACAAGGUAAGGACUACCCUGUGGUCCCUCGCAGUACUGUCCGUCAGAGAGCCUGCUCCACCACGAGUCCCUUCAGCGGGGAGGGUCGGGGUCUGCGAGGGUCCCCCGAAACUGUCGGAUCCCCCUACAGUUGUGAGAACGGCUUGAGCAGCGGCAGUCCUCAGGAGCUGCUGAGGGCUCCCCCUGCACACUACGCGCUGCCUCAUCCUCACCUGCAGCACGGCCGACAGCCACAAGUCUACCACUGCACCAAGAGGAAAGUGGAGGAGAACUGCUCUUCAGGAAACCCCCAGCACCCGUACAAGAAACCCUUCACCGGUAGCUCUCCAAGUGAGGGCGAGUCUUACUAUCACCCCUCCUCCUAUCCUCCUCCUCCACCUGGUCUCUCCGACAUCCCACUCACUGACUCCCCAUACAGCUCAGACAUGGUGCAGCGUCAGGCGUGCAUGUUUGAGUCCGAGCCCAGACUGGAUGAACUCAACUGUACAUCCUGGUCAUACACCUGCCCGCUCCCCUCCGCCAUGACCCCCAUGAAACCCUACCCACCUUACACCCCUCAUCCUCCUUACAGCUCCAGCCCUCAGGGUUCUCGACUCAGCGCUAUAGCCCACCAGAACUCUCCGCCGCUGGGAGAACACAUCACCCACGACCCCUAUCAGAGCCAGAGCUCUGGACCUCCAUCCCAAAGCUCCCAAAACAUUCAAAGCAGGCAGCUGAGCUCUCCGCUCAGAGAGUAUCCUCGCUACACGCGAAACCUGUCUCCUCCUCUCUACCACACCCUAGAGACACAUACACACAUCAGGUGUGGCGUCCCAGAAUGGAGUGCAGCCUCCUAACUGAACCAGAGGACAUACCCGACAGACUGAUUAGUGGGCAGAGAUUCCUCGUCUCAAAUUCAGUGACCCUUCUUUCUGCACUUCUGAAAUAUACUGCGCCAUAUACGGACAAAAUAUGAUUUUAACUUUGUAAAAUAAUUGUUAAAAGUGUGAUUUUUGUGCUGUGUGAAGAGGUCUCAUUUGUUCCUCAUGUUGCUCCCCUGUGCUGGAUGGAGCAGUGGAUUGUUAAAAACUGGACUUGGACAUCCAUGAAGCUUCAAAAAAAAGUCUGAGCAGCACAAUCAAAGUUUUACCUUAUCACCUUUACAUAACCCAAAGACUGGUUUCAUCCAACGGUCUGCACUGUGAGCCCUAUUAAGGCCAGGCCAUGAACAGCACUAGGCUGUUUUCCGCUCAAUGAAUCCCACAUUCUUCAUUGUUAAUGAUGUAAAUUGUGACACACUGUCACACAGGCAGUAAUAUUUACUGACCAAAAUAAUCUCGGCUCUCACAGCAGCCUGAGGGAGACUUUUUUUUUCCUUUAGUGGAGCAAAGCACAGCUCAAUGCUCAGUCUCAGUGAAGGAGAAAAGGCAUGAGUUUGUGUGUCUGUGUGUGUGUGUGUGUGUGUGUGUGUGUGUGUAUGUGUACGUAAAGCCUAUGUCAGCUCAGCUCAAGGAUACUAUGAAUGCAUUUUCAAUGAGACAGCCAGUAGUAGCUGCGGGCACUGCACCAUAGAAAUAAACAGUUUGUUUAGACCAUGCUACAGGCUGAAGGACCUGUAAACAACUUCCACUGCAUUCUGGGUAAAUGCACAACUCAGCCUCACACAGCUGCCACCGCUGUCCUCUCAGUCACCCCCAGCUGACCAACCAGCUUUCUCCUUGCACUGAGAACCAGCCAAUGAACACACACCUCUCUUUUAUCCCCAGCUGACCAGUCAGAGCUGGAGCGCAGCAUGUGUCAUGUGUGCGUGUGUGUGUUGGCCCAUUUUUGUUUGUUUCGGAAUUAUUCAUGAGUCCAGUGGUGAUACAUGCAAGGAUUGCUCAGCAAAUAAAAGAACCACAGUGCUGUAAACGUGACAGUGUCGAUGCACAAACUCUUUAAAAUAUAUUUUUUGGUCUCUUUAUUUUGAAUCUAAAUACUCCUUGUCAGGUCCAAACAGCAUUUCUCCAUUAAUCACUUGUGUUAAAUACAUUUCCCUGCAGAUUUGGGUUGCGUGACUUUCCUCCUUUUAGCUAACUGUAAAGAAAGAUUUUUGGCACUUACUGUGCAAGAUGAGAUAUUGGUUGAUUGUAGUGUAAUAAAUCAGUAUUCAUGUUUCUGCCCAGGUGUUUUACAUGCAGUGAUGUAAGAAGGUGCUCUAACAAAAACAAACCAUCAGUAUGUAAAGAGGAAAUCCUCAUCAUUCCUUGAUGUGUAUUUGAUUUGUGUGUGUGUGUGAGUAUGUGUGUGUUCCGAGAUGUUUUUUUAUAGUCUUGUUCUUGUUAUAGUAUUUAUUACUCUAGAUUUGUAAAAUUACAGUUUGUUGUUAACUUGUGAAA